CAGAAGACGAGGGCGCUCACCGUUUUGCCGGUGUUCUACAAAGUAGAUCCCUCGGAUUUACGAAAACAAAGAGGGAGCGUUGGAGAAGUAUUCGCCAAACACGAACAAUAUUCCAGUGAAGAGAAGGUGCAGAGAUAGAGGAAUGCUCUGAUGGAAGUAGCCAACAUUUCUGGGUGGGAUUCGGAAACGCACGGGACUGAAGCAAAACUUGUCCGAAACAUUGCCAUUCAUAUUCUAAAUAGAUUGGGAGAUAAUCAUUCAAGCGUUGUUGAAGAUGUUGUUGGACUGCAUCCUCGUACAGCAGAAGUGAUAUCACUAUUAGAAUUGGGGCUGGAUUUGGAUGAUCCACGUAUAGUAGGGAUAUGUGGAAUGGGUGGUAUAGGAAAGACUACUAUAGCCGAGGCUGUUUAUCACCGAAUUCGUUCUCGGUUUGAUGUUAGCUGCUACCUUGCAAAUGUCAGAAAAACUUCUGAGAAACAUGGUUUGGAGUUAUUGCAAAAAUCUCUUUUUUUUGAUAUCUGCUCGGUCUCAGACAGUGAUAUAAAAAUAAGAAAUAUUGAUUUGCUUGGGGCAAUAAGGAACGCGAUACAGAAUAAGAGGGUUCUUUUAGUCUUGGAUGAUAUAGACAAUUCAAAUCAGCUGGAUGACCUUGUUGGUACACUUGAUUGGUUUGGUCGUGGAAGUAGAAUUAUAAUAACGACCAGAAACAGUCAUUUACUUGCCAGAUAUGGUCCAGAAAGUCGUGUCUACAACGUUGAGGGACUAAAUGAUGAGGAAGCUUCUAAGCUAUUUUGUUGUAAAGCAUUCUGGAACAACAAGCCAACGCCAGGUUUUGAGCAUCUCAUAAAAAGUGUAGUUGAUUACGCCCAAGGAGUUCCGCUGGCUCUUAGAGUUUUGGGCUGUUUUCUAAUUGGCAGAGGGGUAAAAGAAUGGCAGAGUGCAAUCCAUAGAUUGAGACAAGAACCUAAUCCAGAUAUUCAGAAAGUGCUCAAAUUAAGCUAUGACGGACUGGAUGAUUGGCACAAAUACCCUUCAAAAUACUUGCCACCAAAUUUUCAAGCGCACAGUAGCUGCCUGAAACGACAGUGUGAUGGAAGAAUGAUGAAUAGCAAGUUGUCUGAGUUGCCAGAAUGUCCUUAUUGUCCUUCUCUGGAAAAGUUAUCCUUGCAGCAAAACUAUGAUCUGAUGGUAAUUCCUUCCUCGUUCUUUUUGUGCAUGCCUGCCCUCAAAGUCCUGAAUUUGUCAUGUACCAGCAUAAAGUGCUUGCCAAAGUCUGUUUCCAAAUUGGUUAACCUAGAAGAGUUCUUUCUGCGGGGUUGUGAUCUAUUAAUGGAAUUACCAAUUGAAAUUGGUGAACUUGAGAAACUUGAAUUAUUUGAUCUUGAAGGUACUCCAUUAUCAUAUUUACCAGAGGAAAUUGGGAAGAUUGACCAAUUGAGAAGCUUGAAGGUUACCUUAAAUGCACGUGCAAACCUUAUACGGAAAAGUAAGGAUGUAAGUAGAAUAGUUCCAAUGAAGUACCUGUCAGAACUCAGAACGAACUCAAUUAAAGAACUAAGCAUUGAUGUGCAUCCGGAUGGUAAUUGGUGGGAUAUUGAAGUGACAAGCAUUUUAAGUGAACUAGCUAGCUUUGAAUGUCUAAACACUCUUAAAUUGUAUUUGCCCAAUGUUGAAGCAUUGAUGCACAUCAGAUGGUACGGGACAACAUUGAUACAUCCAGCACUAGAAUGCUUCAGACUCAUUGUUGGACAUUAUUGCUUCUUAUCUCGUAUACCACAUGAACUUGAGGUGGAAUUCAAUAAUUUGGAGAAGUUCGAAAAAGGCUUCAAGUAUAUGAAUGGUGAAGGUAUAAUGCCCCAAAUUUCCGAGUUAUUGAAACGCGUCAGUGCUGUUGCACUAGAACGUCAUUGGGUUCUUAAGAAUCUAUCUGAGCUUGGCCUUAGGAAUAUGUCUAACCUGAAGUUUUGCUGCUUGGCUGAAUGUAAUGAGCUGCAAACCAUCAUUGAUUCUGAACAGAUUUGUCAAGUAGAUAUGGAAGAAGAUGAUAGCGAUGAAUCUGAAUCUGAGUGUGAAGAAGAAAGUGUGCUGAGUUCAUUGCAGUACUUAAGUAUUCACUACAUGAAGAAAUUGGAGAGCAUUUGCAGAGGGCGAAUUAGUAAGACGUGUUUGUCUAGUUUGAAGUCCAUGGCCUUGCAUACAUGCCUCAGUUUGACUACCAUUUUUACAAAAGAAAUUCUUGAUAAUCUUAAAAACUUGAAGGAGCUCAUAGUUGAAGACUGCCCCAAAAUCAGUAGCCUAGUGAGUCCUGAAUGUUCCAACUCAACAUCAGAUGAAUAUCUCCCAAGCCUGAAAAAGUUAUCACUUCUCGAGCUACCAGAACUGGUCAACAUCUCCAACGGGUUGUGCAUCGCCGCAAGAUUAGAGAGCAUGGUCAUCUUCUAUUGCCCAAAGCUCAAUAUACUUUCUAGUAGAGAUGUUUCCAGCAGAAAUUUGGAUGUAUUUAAAGGAGAGGAGGAAUGGUGGAAUGCACUGGAGUGGAAUGAACAAGACACAGACCAUAAAUAUUAUUUGGCAGGUAAAUUUACUCCGCUUUCAAGGGAUAUGGAUUUGAUGGCUGACUUGGCAAAAAUUCAAUUAACUACAACCUUAUAAGCAAGGUGGAAAGCUGUAUUGACGGCCAGGUAUGGUACAUUUGCUGAACGAACCUUUUCUGUCAGGCCUUCUCUCUUUUUUUGUUAUCUACUUUUCCCAUCCCUCAGUUCAUUGACGCUGCUGCUUCAUUUACAUGGCUACAGCCUAUAGCUAGGGUGAAUGCACGGUUCCAUGCCCCACAAAUUUGGGAUACCAUGAUUUACCCUAAGCCCCUAUGGGUUGGAGCAAAUGAUGAGAAUUUCUCUCCAGUUGAAUCAUUACAAUUUUAGGUGACUUGUUAUCAGAGACAGGUUGUCAAAAUUUAGACUCCACCAACCGUUUUCAACUUGGCAUUGAUUGGUAUAUAAAUCUCACUCUUGUUGUGAUAUGAAAGAAUGUGGCGAGAUUACUAAUGGUCUCGACUACCUCUCCAACGAUUUACGCCUUCUUGAUUGGGACGGAUACCCUUCAAAAUACUUGCCAUCAAAUUUUCAACCGGAUAGCCUUAUCAUACUAAAAAUGUUGGGUAGCCGUUUGAAACAACCUUGGAAUGGAAGAAUAGUAUGAGUAAAAUAAAUUCUAUUGCUUUUUUUUUUUUUAUUAUUUAUGUUCACGUUACUGGAAUCUUAUUUAUCCUGAUAAACUUUAUCUAUUGAAAUCUAUGACAGUGUCUAGACAAGUUGAAAUACGUUGAACUCAACUAUUCACUAUGCAUAACCAAGAGCCUAAAUUUUACACAGGUAGCAAAUCUUAAGGAAUUGA